UUGGCCGGGUGUGAGGGACACGGGCUCACACAGUCUGCCAGGACCCCAGGGAUCCCUGCGGAUGGAGCGGCCGAGGCACCAGGGGAUGGCGAAGAAUACAUACAUGCGCUGGCGGCUGCCGCUCGUGUGCCUCCUCUGGGAGGUGGCCAUGAUCGUCCUCUUCGGGGUCUUUGUGCGCUUCAACCCCGAAGCCGACGCACACUGGGAGAAAGAGAAGGGAAAUAGGAACCUGACCAGUGACAUAGAGAAUGAUUUCUACUUCAGAUAUCCAUCCUUCCAGGAUGUCCACGUGAUGAUCUUUGUGGGCUUUGGGUUCCUCAUGGUGUUCCUCAAGCGUUAUGGAUUCGGAGCCGUGGGAUUCAAUUUCCUCCUCGCUGCCUUUGGGAUCCAGUGGGCUCUCCUGAUGCAAGGCUGGUUCCACUCCUUCGAGAAUGGGAAAAUCCUCAUUGGAGUGGAGAACCUGAUCAAUGCUGAUUUCUGUGUGGGCUCUGUGUGCAUUGCCUUUGGGGCCAUCCUGGGCAAAACCAGCCCCAUACAGCUCCUUGUCAUGACUUUGUUUCAAGUCACACUCUUCGCAGUGAAUGAGUACAUCCUCCUCAACCUCCUUCAUGUUAAGGAUGCUGGUGGCUCCAUGACCAUUCACACCUUUGGAGCUUACUUUGGCCUCAUGGUGACACGUAUCCUGUACAGACCCAAUUUGGAGCAAAGUAAGGACAAGCAGGGCUCCGUGUACCAAUCCGACCUCUUCGCUAUGAUCGGUACCCUGUAUCUAUGGAUGUACUGGCCCAGUUUUAACUCGGCAAUUUCUGAGCAUGGGGAUGCCCAGCACCGGGCUGCCAUUAACACCUACUGCUCGCUGGCUGCUUGUGUCCUCACCACAGUGGCCUUCUCCAGCAUGCUGCAGAAGAAAGGCAAGCUUGACAUGGUCCACAUCCAGAACGCAACGCUGGCGGGCGGUGUGGCCGUGGGCACCAGCGCGGAGAUGAUGCUGACUCCAUACGGCUCCCUCAUUGUUGGGUUCAUCUGUGGCAUCGUGUCCACAGUGGGGUAUGUCUACCUCACGCCUUUUUUGGAGUCCAGGUUGCACAUCCAGGACACGUGUGGCAUCCACAAUCUCCAUGCCAUGCCGGGCCUUAUUGGGGGCAUUGUGGGGGCCAUCACUGCAGCUGCAGCCACAGUGGAUGUAUACGGAGAGGAAGGGUUCAUCAAGGCAUUUGACUUCACUGGCCCAUACAAGACACGGACACCCAGCAUCCAAGGAGGGUUCCAGGCAGCUGGCAUUUUUGUGUCCCUGCUGAUGGCUUUAGCUGGAGGGGCCCUUGUGGGGGCCAUCCUGAAGCUACCCAUCUGGGGCGACCCCGCCGACGAGAACUGCUUCGAGGACGACGUUUACUGGGAGGUGCCGGAGGACGAGGAGAGCGACGUGUACCACAUGCACAACCCCGACAAGCCCGCCUCGCCCUGAGCCGCCCGCCGCUCCCCGACAAGGGCUCUGCCUCCUCGGGAUGGGACCCCGUGCCCCCCUCCUUGGGGGCGAAGGCUCGUUUGCUCCCUGUGAGGAUGGAGCGCCCAGCUCUGCCCUUCUCUACAGUUUUUGUAACGAACUGUUAUCAAUCAAAUAAAAACACGUUCUUCUUUGCAGA